UAUGCCCAUCCUUCUCAGUUCGCUUUACAGCUCCUAACUCGAAGAUUCUACAGUCGCCCUCUCUCUCGCUAGCUCCCAUCACCGUCUACGUAUCGAAGCUUCCGAGUUCCGAGCCAGAUGAGCGCAGGAACGAGCACCUUCGUGAUCCGAUGGAUCAAUUUUCUCACAAUGAUAAUGGGAUAUGGGGUCAUUUGUUUUGGAAUAUGGAUGAGUACUCACCAUGAUCAGUGCCACAGAACACUGACACUACCUGUGAUUGGUCUCGGUGCUCUAAUACUUCUGAUGUCCUUGGUUGGAUUUCUUGGAGCUUUGAAAAACAUUAUGGUUCUGCUGUGGGUGUACUUGGCAAUGCUAUUCUUGAUGUUGGUGGCAAUUUUGGUUUUCACUGUGCUGGCGUUUAUCAUAACUAACAAUGGGUCUGGCCAUGCUGUGUCUGGAGUAAGGUUCAAAGAAUAUCAUCUUCAAGACUAUAGCGUCUGCUUUUUAAGGCAGCUCAACAAUACCAAAAAUUGGGGCCGCUUGAAGAGCUGCCUUGUGAAGACUGAUGAUUGUAAUAACUUGCCUAUCAAGUACAAGAACCUUAAGGCAUACAAAUCAGCAGAGUUGACCCCAAUUGAGGCAGGUUGUUGUCGUCCACCCUCAGAGUGUGGGUACCCUGCAAUAAAUGCUUCAUACUAUGAUUUAAGCUAUCAUCCCACAAGCACCAGCAAAGAUUGCCAGCUUUAUAAGAAUGCUCGUAAUGUGAAGUGCUAUGAUUGUGAUUCUUGCAAGGCUGGCGUUGCACAGUACAUGAAAACAGAAUGGAGAGUGGUUGCAAUCUUCAAUGUGAUUUUGUUCAUCAUUUUGUCGGCUGUAUACUUGGUUGCUUGUUGUGCGAGAAGAAAUGCUGCCAGUAGUAAUUCCUUAAAAGAAGAGAGAAGAUGAGUUCCAGAGGAAGAGCUUGAAGAUGCUUGUUCUUAGAUGAAUUCUGAACUCUGAAGCAAAGCCGGCUCUAUCUUCCCCGAGUUCCCUCAAGCUCGAUUUGUAUUCUUCUCCGGUUCUCCCCAUCCUUCUCCACCUCA